AUGGCAUCUGUCCUGGGCCCGGUGGUGUCCGAACCGGCGUUUCUCAGCGCCACGGAGACGACCAACGCUUUGAAGGUGGCGGCCGCCAGCAGCGAUGCGGACCGAAUCCUCAACGCCGUGGAUGCUGCACUCUCUGUACCGGUUUCCGAACCUUUCGAAAGCUCACUGCUUGAGGCCAUGGAGGUGGCCGCCAGUGUCGUGGCACCCAGCCCGGAGUCCUUGGAGAAGAUGAGCUACGCCGUCUCCUCUGUGGUGCAAGGAGGAAGGACAGGGAUGGGACUCCUUAUGAACAAGUCACAGCUCUCUCAAGCCGCAGGCUUGCUUGACAGUUGCAUUGACCUGGCGCUGGAGAGCCCCGAGAGCGGCGUUGGGGCGAACCUGGGCGUGGCGAUGCUGGAAGGCAUCUCAUCCGUGAAUCUUGGAGCGCGUAUGGGCGAGAACAGCUCCCUAAACGAGUCCGCGAACUUGACGACCAUGCUGGAGACGCUGACCUCGAAGCUCGCAGAUGCCAGUCUGGCACUCAUGCGCCUGGGUGAAUCGAAGUCCAUGGCUUCUUCCAGCGGUGGCAGCGGCAUGGCCCUGGAGCUUUCCCGAAUUACGACGAUGAACUUCCGGGGCGGCCUGGCCUACGGCCGCCUGAGCGCCCCGAGGAAGGUGGAGCUCCUCACGCGCCGGCUGCAGAUGGCCAACGAAAGCUGCGAUGCGCCCGACGCCCUGGAUGUGAAGCUGACAUUCUGGGAAAGGAAUAAUCCAUACAGCUGGGCGGAUCCUGCGAAGGGCAUGAACCGCUUGGUGACUCCAAACAACACCGUGGCCGUUCUCCAGCUUGAACUCUGUGGCUCUCGGGUCACCUUCAACGACACGGAUCCCGAUGCUGCCGUAGAAGUGAGGGACAUCGACCUUCCAGCGAAGCCGCCGCCGGUGUGGGGCUACUGGCUGGACGUGGCCUGCGCAAGGUGGUCUCCUCAUGACCAAAGCUGGGUCUUUGAUGGUGUCGAAGUGAAGCAGCCUGUGUACAACGAUGACGUCAGGGUCACAUGCAGGGCCUUCUACGGCGGCGCUGCCUACGCUGCAGUUUGGCUACCCGUCGAGGUGACCACCUCCACGACAACGCUGGAAUGGACGUACCCGGCAUAUACAACGUUCUUCGUGCCGAGCCUGCCUCCGGUCUACGUGGUCUCCUGCAACGAGACGCUCCUGCCUGACCCUCCUGCAGGCACCUGGGACUGCACCAAGCCCGGCGAGGGCCAGGAAUGUAGGGCUCCCUGCUUCGGCUUCCCGAACAACAUCUUCAGCAUGACCUGCCUGAAGGGAGCCGACUCUUUGGAAUGGUUUACCACGAACUUCUGCCCGGUGUUUACCACCACCACCAGCUACGAAGAAGUGAGGAAUCCUGCGGAUGAGGCAGUCACUGGGGGCCUGCUCAUCUUCGUCUGGGUCGUCCUCGUCACCUGUGGCGCUGGUGUUGCUGCGCUUGUGGCUUACGGGGGAUACCGCUUCGCACAGAAGGAGCAGAGGCGUCGCUCCCAUGUGUCGCAUGUCGUCUUCCCAGAUGACGAGGUAGAGGAGAACCCCGUGGAUCCCCGGUUUAUGGACUGGGCGAAGCAGUGGGCGGAGCGCCCGGCGGUGGCGGAAAGCGCAGUGCUGGAGAUGAAACACCAGGCCAGCUCUCAUUCCCAAGGCUCUCUGGCCCUUGAGGACCAGGGAGCUGGCAGUUCACCGGAGCAUCAGAACUCAGUGGAGGAUGAACCUGACGGCAAGGAGCCCGGUCCAUCCGCGUUCACCGGACUGGUGGAGCUUGAGUACAGCGAGGAUUGGAGGGAAGAGUUGGAUGAGCUCCUGCUCGAGAGAGACAUCCCCAGGCAGACGGAAGGUCGGCUUUACUACGUGGUGAACUGCGUGCGCGAGGUGUUGCAGACGAAGGAUCUGGAGGAACUGCGCAAACCGAACUUCCCUCUGAAGAUCCAUUUUGUGGAGGAUGUCCAUCCGACAGUGGAUAAGUCAGAUGCCUUCUACGCCUGGCAGGUCGAGUGGGGAGCUCUCCGCCAAGGUCAGGAUCCAGACCUCCGGGACCAAGACCCGCCCAAGAAGGAGGUGGUGCAAGUGACCGAGGCUAAGCAGACCUUUGACGUCCCCAAGCUGCCGGUGCAGCAUCAGCAGCACCAGGACCUCAUGAAAAGAUGGCAGGAGCAGAACAAGCUCCGCAGUGCGGCAAAUCCGAAGCCGGCGCUGUCAGGGAAGUCGCCCAAGAGCCUGCGGUCAGGCAGUGAGGCGAGCGACUCGCCUCCCAGACACGUGGACCCUGUUCAAGAGGUCUUCGAUCGCUACCAGAUGGCUGGACUCGUGGCAAGCACGGAGCGCUUCGGCGGAGCUUUGGCGGACACAGCAGCCCAGGCUUCAGUGCUGGUUCCAGAGCUGCAAGAAUCCUUCUACGAGGACGAAGUGGAUCAAGGCUGGUUGGAGGUCCAAUCCCCCUCCGGGCGGAUCUAUUACUGGAACCAGAUCACGCAAGAAGUGUGGGACCCGCCCGAGGAUGUGGAAUUCACCCCUGAGUGA